UUCCGCAAAUGUCGAUCACCGCAUCAGCGCUCAGCAAGUGUGUUACGCGCCCCCUUUGCUCGGGAAGCACAUGUCGCCGAGAAUGUACGCGAGGGCUUAAGCUCUGCUUGGUGUGCUUGUUUAGACUUCGGAGGUCUUUGCUGGAACGCGGAUGGAGGUAUGUCGAGUGUUGAGGUUAGUUGUAUCGGUGCCGAAGUGCCGUGAGGGGGCUUCAGCUCGUGUUGCGCGCCACAGAGUGGAGAACAGCAUCGUUUGGCUCGUUGGGAUGUUCAUUGCAUCGGUGAGAGAGUCUGACAGUGCAGGAUUGCUAUCUAUCGGCGACGGAGGACAGAUGCAGCUACUGCCGUGCGUUUCACGUGAGUAUCCCCUUCACACCGACUCCGGCAGCGCCCGAUCCGUACCCCUACCAGAGCGGAGCGGAGCGGUCUGCCGGCCCAUCUUGGCGAGAAUAAACCGUGCACACUGCAGCAUCACAAAGUGGGGGCAUCGAGUGGACCACGGCUCGACUUCUCGCGAAGCGAAGCAAGGCCACAGGGCUACAGGUAUGGCGGUGUGCAAUGGGGCGAUAAAGAAGUUCCAGAUACUCAUCGAAGGUCGAUAGUGGGUUUAAGCGGUGGAAGAAAAUGAGCUUGCAAGGGAUUUCACUUCAGCGGUGUAAUGGUAGUGAUGAAAAAAUGUAUUGCUAUGGAUAUCGAAACGUGCUAGGACUUUUGCAGAUGAUCGACUCAUGGUCAUCAUGUAGCAACGCGUCCAAUGCCUGUGCUUCAUCGUAGAGCUUGUGCGCACAAAACUGCACAUCCAGAAAGUUUGCAACAACAAACCUGUUGCAGCCCAACGCGGCCGUGCGCC